AUGCGCUCCGGGGAUUGCAGGGACUCCAGCGGCACCUCGGCUGCCCCUGGCCCCCCGGCACCAGCUCUGCCGAGCUGUGCCCUGCCAGGAGCCCGCAAGGGCUGGGGCAGGUCCUUGGCUACCUCUUUCUCCUCGGAGGAGGAGAGUGCCUUGCCCAGGGCACAGCUCAGAGGGGCUCCCUGUGUUCUCUCUAGGAAUGGCUACAAGUUCCUCUACUGCUCGGCCAGGGCUAUUGGCAUGGCCCACAUCACCAAAGGCUACCUCCAAUGGGUCAAUGAGCAAGGCUGUGGCCUCCCCAUGGGCCCCAUGCUGCUCUCCCCCAGUAGUCUCAUGUCUGCCUUCCACAGGGAGGUGAUUGAGAAGAAGCCAGAGGUGUUCAAGGUCACCUGCUUGACAGACAUCCGAAAACUGUUUGCUACAAAGUGUCCCUUCUACGCUGGCUUUGGGAACAGGCCCAGUGAUGUCUAUGCUUACAAGCAAGUGGGGCUGCCAGAGAGCCGCAUAUUCACCGUGAACCCCAAGGGAGAGCUGAUCCAGGAGCUCAGAAAGAACCAAAAGUCAACAUACGAGCGGCUGUCGGAGCUGGUGGAGAUCUUCUUCCCUCCUGUGGGACAGACGGGGAGCACUGGGCUGGUACAGCCCCUUUGCCUACUGGAGACCUCCACUGCCUCAUGCUGACUUGGAUGGCUUGUCCUAACCCCAUCCUGUGGAGACCUGACCCAGA